AUGGAUCCUUCCUGCGGUGCUUAUGGUCGAAUUUGGCUGUUCCUUGCCGACCUAAAUCUUGUUCUUGGUUGUUUACCGGCCCCAACACACUAUGGACCUGCGGCUUUCAACUCGUUCAUGUCGCCGCAAAACCCGUACCAGUCUAGCUUAGAUUUUCAUUCACAGCUAUCAAGGAAACAGCCAACCCAUCGAUUGAGAGCUUGGAAGAAUACUCACUCUAGAUUUGGCCGCAAACGGUUAGAGAAAGCUUGUACAACUUCAAAAUCAUGUCCAGUUCCCAUUCCUUCCAUUCAACAGUCCGCACAUGUCUACAGUCGUCACAAGCAUCAGAGGCCCCACGAACCAUCUCAGCAAACCAGUCAAAGUUGGUCAACCAAUCAGCAUCAAACCUCUCAAUCCCCUUGCAAACAAACUGUAAAGCAUGCUGUGUACACCUACGAGCAGGAUCCUCGGUGGUUGGAGGACUUGAAGGGUGAACCUUAUACUACUGAGUGUUUAGAUCACGAAGAACCCUCAGCUGUAGAUUACCCAAACGAUUCAGCAGAAGAUCACUCAUCAUUACAGUUGCGACCACCUGGUGAUAGCAUGAUUGGAGACCAGGAGACUGCUUGCGGUUCAGACAAAUUAAAAGACGAAGUUGAUCAGGAUGAAAUUGAAUUUGUCGACCGGUCUGAUCUAGACAUCAAUGCGGAUCCAGAUUACUUAGAACAACAACCCAAGCCAGCUUUUGAUUUAAAAAACUAUAGCGCUGAAGAUGUCGACAACUGGGCCAGCACCCUGUCAGCAUAUGAAUUCGAGCACCUUCGUGUUAUGGGACCCAAUGCUAGAACUGAAUUUUUCCGACAUGAUUACUCCCACUACCAGCCCAAUGACACAGACAAAAAUAACUCCUACCAACAGCAGCUCAAUUACCAAGUGGACAACUCUAAAUCUAAUUUCUACGAUGACUUGGAUGCACACAACCCUCAGCUAGAAGAAAAUUUAGAUGGCUCAGUGGGUUUUGUUGCUGAAAAUGGUCUCAAUGAUGGUAGCGGUUUUGACAAUGGUGGUUUUGACAAUGGCGGUUUCGACAAUGGCGGUUUUGACAAUGGCGGUUUUGACAAUGGCGGUUUUGAAGAUAGCGGUUUUGACGAUGGCGUCUUUGACGACAGCAGCUUUGAUGGUGGUUUUGAUGAUGGCUAUGGUUCCACUUAUUAG